AUGGUGGACCUGGGUGAUGGAAAGAAAUCGACAGCAAUUUCUGUGCGAGGUGAAGUACUGAGGAAGGCCUCUGUUGAGGAGUUUUACAGGGCUGAGACGUGGGAUGUGUCGUGUUUAGAAAGAGGUUUCCAAGAGUUUAGUGAUGAUAAAGUAUUGUUGACUGGUUUUUAUGGUUUUCCAGAUACAACCCAUAGAAGGGAUAGUUGGAAGCUGUUGAGGUUAUUGAAACCAAGUGUUGAGAUGGCUUGGCUUUGUUAUGGUGAUUUUAAUGAGCUCAUGCAUCACCAUGCGAAACAAGGGGGAGCUAGGAGACCAUAUAAACAGAUGGAAGAGUUUAGAAGCAAUGUGGACUACUUUGGCCUGAGUGAUUUGGGGUUUGAAGGCAACAAGUAUACUUGGUGUAAUAAAAGAGAGGGGCCUCACUUCACCAAAGAGAGAUUAGACCGUGCCUUGGUGCUGCAAAGAGGGUCUCAUAUAUUGAAGUCUCAAAAAUAUCUUGGACAUUGUAAAGAAGCUCUAAUGAAGUGGAGUAGAACCACCCUUAGACAAUACAGAAAAGAAACUCAAAUUAAGUUGCAACACCUGGCUAAUUUGCAAGAGUCCAAUACAGGUUCUAGUGUUGAGAUUAUUAAGGAAGUAAAGUUGGAAAUUGACAAGUUUCUUGAAGAGGAUAAUGUUAAAUGGAAGCAAAGGGCAAAGCAAGCUUGCCUCGAAGAGGGAGAUAGAAACUCAAAAGUACUUUCACAGAUGUGCUAA